AGUGAUGGCUUAUGAAGUGAUGAACCAGACUUCUGCAACCACAUUCAUCUUGGUCGGUUUCUCAGAAUAUCCACAGCUCCAAAUACCCAUCUUCCUCCUGUUCUUGACCAUCUACUCAGUAACAUUGAUGGGGAACCUGGGCAUACUUGUGGUUAUAAAGGUCAAUCCCAAACUUCACACACCCAUGUACUUUUUUCUUAGUCACUUAUCAUUUUUGGAUAUAUGUUAUUCUAGUGUAUUUACACCCAAACUUUUGCAGAUCUUGAUCAUGGAAGAUAGGACCAUUUCUUUCAAGGCAUGCAUGGUACAAUUUUUCUUUAUUUGUACAUUCGUGAUUACAGAAAUGUUCAUGUUAGCAGUGAUGGCCUAUGACAGGUUUGUGGCUGUUUGUAAUCCCCUACUCUACACAGUUGUGAUGCCUUUUCAAUUCUGUGCUCUGCUAGUAGCUGGGACAUAUAUUAUUGGUGGACUAUGUACUGUGAUACUUCUAUAUACUCUUUUGCAACUCUCCUAUUGUGAAUAUGGCAUCAUCAAUCACUUUGGCUGUGAGUACUCGGCUGUCAUCUCUGUGUCUUGCUCUGACUCCUCCUUUAGCCAGUUGACAUCCUUAGUCAUUGCCAUAGUUAGUGAAUCUUCUAGUGUCCUGAUCACUCUAGCAUCAUAUGUGUUCAUAGUUGUCACUAUUAUAAAGAUGCCUUCCAAAGGAGGACUGAGAAAAGCCUUCUCCACCUGUACUUCCCACUUGACUGCCAUAUCAAUCUUCCAUGGGAUCAUACUCCUCCUGUACUGUGUUCCCAACUCAAACAGCUCACGGCUCUUUGUCAAAGUGGCCACUGCUCUUUAUACAAUCAUGAUUCCCAUGUUGAACCCCCUUAUCUAUAGCCUUAGAAAUAAAGAUGUGAAGGACACAGUCAGGAGACUUAUCAGCUCAAAACUUCACUCUCACUUGACAUAAUUAUGAAUAUUGUUCUGCAUGUACAUGCAUGUGCACUGUGUGUUUGUGUCUCUGUGUGUGUAUGUGAUGGCAAGACUCAGAUAUAGGCACACAUUAAGACAGAGAUACAUUGAGAGGUAAAGAGUGGUAAGAGUUGGGUGGGAGACUGUGGUACUUUUCUUAGUUCAUAUGCAUUUACAUUUUCUCUAGUUUAUAUAAAUAUAGUGUAAUUUGACACACUGUAAUAAAUUUCACAAUAGGGAAUAUUUUGAAACUUCACUUCUAGACACUGUGGAUGGUAGGAUUCAGAAGUUUGAAGUACAAUUCAUUAUUUACAUUUUUUUAAUAUGCAGUUCUUCUAAGAAAUCUUGAAAUUCAGAUGAUAGUUAUCUGUAUGGAAUACAUACUCUUGUGCUCUUAACUCACAAUGUUGUCUCUGUGCUAUGUUGUGUAAAUUUUACUUUGCUUUUAUUGGUUUAUCUUAUUUCAUAAAGCAAUCAUAUGUAUGUUUGUGUUUUGUAUUAUGAAAACAUCAUCCUAUAUAAAGAAAGUCAAUAAUUCUAAAGUACUGCUUCUAUUUCCCACCAAUUCUAAAUAAUAAUAUACUGUGUUUAAAUGUUGAGGCAAAAAUGAUAUAAUUAAUUGCUCCAUUUAUGGUAAUAGCAAAUAAAUCAAUUAUUCAAUGAUAAAA